AUGGAGAUGAUUAACAACAGCAACAACAAUAUUAUUCCACCAAUUAGGAGGGUUUGUAGGGGAAGGCAGAAGGUGCCAAUGAGGAGGAUAGAGAACGAGAGCAAUCUUCAAGUCACAUUCUCUAAGAGGCGUUAUGGUAUUUUCAAGAAAGCUAGUGAGCUUUGCACCCUUUGUGGUGUAGAGUUGGCUAUAAUUGUUUUCUCACCGGGAAACAAUGUUUUCUCGUUUGGACAUCCCAACGUUCGUUUGAUUAUAGAUCGGUAUAUGAACCCAGAAAACUACAGUCGUAUGACUGCCCAAGCAAAUUUGUCUGGGACAUUUCAGCUGAUCGAAGCUCAUCGAAACGCCAAUAUCCGAGUUAUGAACCAGCAUUUGAACCUUCUAACGGACCAGUGGGAUGUGGUGAGGAAGCAGAGUUUUGAGCUAAAGCAAGAUUAUAAUCGUCACUGGUGGGAGUUUCCUAUCGAGUCUUUCUAUGAUAUGUCUCGUUUGGAGCAACUUAAGUUGGCGAUGGAGAUGUUGAGAGGGGAUACUACUAAACUGGCUGAUUGGAUAUUGAUUCAGUCUACACCUACUAGAGCAAACUCUCUCCUGCUACCACCUCCUUUUAAUAAUAUGAAUAAAGGAGGAUUGCUGCAACUGCCUAGUUUUGCUUCUUUAUUUCCCAACCAAGAAGCACGACCGCAUAACAAUAACAAUAAUAAUGAUGAUGAUGAAGAAAUUGGUUUUGUUGGUGGUAUGCCAAUUGGUAGUACUUGUACUGAUAUACCUCAAUUGCAGCAGGCUAUAACAUCUGACAGUAACCGUAUGAGCAAUAUGCCUCAAAUGCAGUUGGAAAUAACUAGUUCUGAUGGUACUGUUAAUAAUCAUGAAGAUCUCAAUUUACAGUCUCUUAUGCAAGAUUUAACUUCCAGUGAUAGCUUUGUCAACCAUGCCAAUCAGCCUCCUCCUCAUACUCAAGUUAAUGCUUCUGAUCAUAGUACUCUCAGCAAUGUCAAUCAGCAGCUUUUCUCUCCUGAAAUACAAAAUAUUAUGCAGGCUAGUACCAACUACAACAAUAAGAUGUCUACUAUGCCUCAUAUGAUGGAGCCAAAAAGUACUUUUCCAGCGCAAGCUGGCAGUGUCAACAACAAUUUUAACAUCUCUGUUCUACCCCAUAUGAUGCAGCAACCAAACAAUUCUUCUACCUCUAGUACUUUCAACAACCAUUUCAAUAUGUCUCCUAUGCCCAAUUCUUCUGCCUCUGCUACUGUGAGCAACCACUUCAAUAUAUCUCCUAUGCCACCUCAUCAUCAUCAUACGAUGCAACCAAACACUACUACUAAUUCUUCAACACCUGGAGCAAGUGCAGACAAACAUUUCAAUAUGACUACUAUGCCAUCUCACGGUCAUCAUAUGCAGCAGCCUAACACUACUACUUCUGCUUCUGCCAUUAAUGUCAAUCAUCAGCUGCAGUUGCCUAUGCUACAUGAAACUCUAUCACCAUCUUCCCAAUUGCUUUUACAGCAACCCAACGAUUCCCAGGAGACUGAUCAAUUGUUUGACUACAAUGUUGGAUAUGACCAUGAAUUUUUCUGAUUUAAUUGAUAGUCUUCGAGUACCAGCCACUCACACAAAACCCCUCCCCUUUAUGAGUCAUGUUGUUUUGCAUUAGUAGUGUAGUUGACAUUUCUCUAUUGUUUUUGGUCUGUUUUAAUUUUGUUGUUCUUUUAAUUAGUGAUUUAAAUUGUUGUAAGAAGAGACUGGGGAUAUGGGUGUAUAAUUAUAGGAAAGUGAUUUGAUUUAAUUAUGAGUACUCGUGUCAUGUGCUUUUAUUAUAACAAUAUAAUGAAUCAAUAUAGGAUUAGAUUGAUUUUGUUUCUCUCAAAAAACAAAAAAAAAGAUUGAUUUUGUUUAAUUAGAUUUAUAAUAUUAAAUAAGGAAUGGCUGGUUGAGCUUUUGAAAGCUAUUUUAGGCUUUUGAAGGUUCGAAAGCACUUUUGCUGCUACUUAGUAACUAGUUUUAAUUCUGAAAAACUUUUUCAAAAUAAGCUAAUUUAGUAAUUUUCUUUUGAGGAAUAGCAACUUGAGAAGCUAAAAGCAGAAAGCAAAACAUCAACUAAACAAGGCCAUAAUAGUUCAUCAUCAAAUCUUUACAAUUUUUUAUUUCUUUCAGAUAUGGUGUUUCUGUUUUUUCUUUUUUUUUUUUUCUU